GAAGGUACAAGUAGUGUCUAUUUACACAUUGAAUAACCUGUCUACGAUAUAGGGUGAUUGAAAAGCAGCGGUUACCGAGGGUGUAAGAAGAUUCUCGCAUGUUUUAUCUGCAGCUAUAGCAAGUAUCGUGGCUUUAAUAAUUACCUUUUCUUUACGUAGACAACUACUCUUUCCCGUCGCCGUUUCCAGGGAAAUCUUUAGCUCGUCAUUCACGGAGCCGGAGUCGCUGGUACCCGGUCGGCAGGGGAGGGAAGCCGCCGUGCUCUCCGUCUUCACAUGGGGCUCGUUUCCGCUCUCUGAGAGGAGUCCCAGCCCGAGGCUGAGGAUGGUCCGAUGGACCGCCGCUUCCUGCUGACCUUCGCCUUCUGCUCGUUCUCGUGGAUCCUCUUCUGGGAAGUGCGCUGGAAGAAAGGGAAGGAGGGACAGAUCGAGGAAUGGCUCCAGGAGCACGGCCUCGCUGAAUACAGGCACUUAUUUGAAGAUGUGCACACCCUGGAGGAGCUGAGCCUGCACAUCCUGGCCCGUCUGGAGGAGGUGGAGAAGGAGCGUCAGCGCUGGCCGGACAUCGCCGAGGCCCAAAUCCAGCUGCUCAGGGACUUUGCCUUUCAAGAGUGGCUCUGCUGCCAGAGCUUGGAGCACUACUAUCACACACUGAAGACCCUUGGUUGCACAAAUCUGGAUGAUUUAGCCAAAUUCGACAGCCGGCUGCAGCUCUCACUGGCUGCUUGGGGAUAUUACUACGAGGAUUAUAUCAAGCUGUCUUCUGGCGUGAAAGUCCUCCAGGCCUCUAAGGGGCACCGCGACCAGGAUUACGAGAUCCAGCUGGUACACAGCCUGGCAGAGAGGAGGCUGACUGAGAAGUGGUCGAUAGCGGGGGCUCUGAUAUUCGGCUGUACCAUUGCUCUUUGCUUCCUGAUAAGAGACCUCAUGUUUUACGUGAUUGGCGGAAUUACCGUGUCUAUCAUAGCGUUCGUCUUCACCAUCAAGUUCCUGUGUGAGCUUGCUGCCCGGGUGGUCAGCUUCUUGCAGAAUGAGGACCGGGGGCGCCGGGGCGACCGCAGCAUUUAUGACUACGUGCGGGGAAACUACCUGGACCCCCGCUCCUGCAAGGUGUCCUGGGACUGGAAGGAUCCACAGGAAGUGGGCCAGACCAUGACCUUCCGCGUCCAACUGUUCUAUAAGAAUGGGCAGCCGUUCCCGGCACACCGGCCCGUCGGCCUGCGGGUCAGCAUCACCCACAUCGAGCUGGCCCUGGAUAUCCCCGUCACCCAGGAGGUCCUGCAGGAGCCUGAGGCCAACGUGGUGAAAGUGGCCUUCACCGUGCGCAAGGCAGGCCGCUACGAGGUGGCCGUCAAGCUGGGGGGCCUAAAUGUGGCCUACAGCCCCUACUACAAGAUAUUCCAGCCGGGCGUGGUGGUCCCAUCCAAAACCAAGAUCGCGUGCCACUUCUCCACCCUGGUGCUAACCCACGGCCAGCAGCACACCCUGCAGAUCGAACCCCGCGACGAGUACGGCAACCCCACCAGCAACUCCACCUCGCUCGCCGACGAAGACAGCUACGGGGCGAGCGUCCAGCCGCUGGGCACUCAGGACGAGGACAGCCCGGAGGACUUCUUCAGCAAGUCGGUGUCCUCCAACCGGCUGCAAUGCCAGGUGCAACUACACCUCACCGUCAAGAGGAAGGGCUGCUUCCACGCCCGCAUCACCUACCAGAACCAGCUGCUCAGCAACGGCGAGUUCGACAUCAUCGUGCUGAGUGAGAACGAGAAGAACUGCGUGGAGAAGUACGUGUCGACGCCGGGCACUAGCGUCUACUUCGAGGCCUACCUCUACAGCACGGGCAACUAUAGCACCUCCACCUGGCAGCUUCCGGUAUCGUCGCUGCUGGCGCCGCAGAGGCGGCCGUCCACGGCGGAUGAGGAGGACGACCGCGACUCCCCUGUGGAGGGCCAGCCGGAGAAAGUGAAGAAACCAAAAAAGGUCUAUUGCUACAUUUCGCCAAAGCAACUAUCAGUGAAGGAGUUUUACCUGAAAAUUUUCCCCUGGCGCCUUUUCACCUUUCGGGUGUGUCCAGGCACAAAGUUCACAUACCACGGCCCAGACCCCAUCCACAAAUACUUGACCCUUGUGGUGGACGAUGGAAUUCAGCCGCCCGUGGAGCUGAGCUGUAAGGACCGCAACAUCAUGGCCGCCACCUUCAUCCGCUUCCUCCACAAAAACAUUGGAGGUUCGGAGACCUUCCAGGACAAGGUGAACUUCUUCCAGCGUGAGCUCAGGCACAUCCACUCCAAGCGACCUCGCACCAAGACCUGCCUGAAGGUGGUCCGGCACGUCCUCCUGGACUCGUCUCUGAAAGCCACCAGAAGCUUCUCCGUGUCUGACUGGAGUAAGAACUUCGAGGUCGUGUUCCAAGAUGAGGAGGCGCUGGACUGGGGGGGGCCCCGCCGGGAAUGGUUUGAGCUGAUCUGCAAGACGCUGUUCGACACGUCCAACCAGCUCUUCACACGCUUCAGUGACAGCAACCAGGGCCUGGUGCAUCCGAACCCGGAGCGGCCGGCCUACCUCAGGCUGAAGGUGUAUGAGUUCGCCGGUCGGGUGGUGGGCAAGUGUCUCUACGAGUCGGCGUUGGGGGGCGCCUAUAAGCAGCUGGUUCGGGCUCGUUUCACCCGCUCUUUCCUGGCCCAGAUCAUCGGCCUCAGGAUGAACUAUAAGUACUUCGAGACGGAUGAUGAGGAGUUCUACAAAACCAAAGUCUCCUUCAUCCUAAACAAUGACGUCAGUGAGAUGGACUUGGUGUUCGCUGAGGAGAAAUACAACAAGUCAGGCCAGCUGGAGAAGGUUGUGGAGCUGAUUUCUGGAGGCGCCCAGAUUGCAGUCACCAAUGAGAACAAGAUGCACUAUCUUAACCUCCUAGCCCAGCACAGGCUGGCCAAUCAGGUGCGAGAUGAGGUGGAGCAUUUCCUGAAAGGUCUAAAUGAACUCGUUCCAGAAAACCUCCUAGCCAUCUUUGAUGAGAAUGAGUUGGAGCUACUGAUGUGUGGCACAGGUGACAUCAGCGUCCAGGACUUCAAAGCCCAUGCUGUGAUUGUCGGUGGCUCAUGGCAUUUUAGGGAGAAGGUUAUGAAGUGGUUCUGGGCUGUGGUGUCCAGCUUUACCCAGGAGGAACUGGCUCGUCUUCUCCAGUUCACCACGGGCUCUUCCCAGCUCCCCCCCGGGGGAUUCAACACACUUUGCCCCUCCUUCCAGAUCAUCGCCGCCCCCACCCAUAGCACGCUGCCCACCGCCCACACCUGUUUCAACCAGCUGUGCCUGCCCACUUACGACUCCUAUGAGGAGCUACACAAAAUGGUGAAGCUGGCCAUCAGCGAGGGGAGCGAGGGCUUCGGCAUGCUCUGAACUGCCCUGUUCUCGGGGGGGGGAGUUCCCCCGGAUGGCGGCCCCUGCGGGGCCCAAUCCCCCCACUCCCUCUGCCAGGCAGACUCCUGGACGACUCGUGAUCCUUCACCAGAGCGCCACAGGAAGGCCGGUGAACGCUUUUGCGCUGUGAAGUGCGCAUGGGCGUUACCUGUAUAUACAGUUUCCUUUUUCUUUUUGUACUGGCACAGAAACGGACGGCCCUGGGCAGGCAAGAGGGACCCUCAGUGGAGUUCUGUUUGUAGAUGGUAGAGAUGUUUUGAGCUGUAUGCCUGUGAUUGUGUGGGUGUCCUGUGGAGGUCCUGAGUGUUUCAGAUGUGGCAGGAUUCCAUCCCCGGUGCUCCAACUCCUCGCCGAGCCACAGACUUCUGACCCAAAGGUGGCAGGUUGGCGGAAAUGUGGCUGCUGGUGUGCUUAGGGGUGGCCUGACCUUCAGCAGUCAGGGAGGGGUCUGCUUUUGCUUGUUGGACAAACCUCCAUCACUGCUGGGAUGCUGACGUCUGAUUCUUUAAUGUUUUUUGUACCUGUGACUGGGAAAGGGACCUGCGGGGACUGGGAAAGGGCAGGACCUCAUGCCCUCGUACCUGAUCCCUUCUCCUGUUUAAAUCUGAACAGUAAUUCUUGCGCUUCCCAAAACAACAAGCAGAUUUGGGAAUGAAGUUUGCCAAGUUUAGGAUUCAGCAUUUCAGUAUGAGGGUAGAAUUCCUGAAGCUGGUGAAGGAUCUCAUCCGGCAGAGCGAUGGCAUGCUUAGCAGUGUGGGCUGUAAAGGUAAGGGUAUUUUUUUAAAGCCAUGUUCUUUUUAGGAUGUUUCUGUUUUGUUAAAUUCUGCCUUUUUUUGCCUGUGUAAGGAAAUACGACUUCAAAGGAAGGAUUUAUAUGUUAGGGUACUGUGAAUAGUACUGUAAUACUUUGACUGGGGUGCGACAAUAAUGCACUUAAAUUUCAAGCUGUGAAAAGGUCUUUUUUGUAAUUUUCUUCAGUUUGGGACCUAAUAUGAUUUUAUUAUUUUUUGUAUCAACACCAAAGUUUGUACCUAUGUUUGACCUCUGAACCUCUUAUCCAUCCAUGCAGUCUGGAUCAGUGGGUUCCUAAUCACGGGAUGCCAAGGGUUAAAUAUUUCUGUGAGCUGAUAUGUAUCAUAUUUCACUUUGUGUUCUUGUUCUUCUAAUGACUGAGAGCUCCAGGAGUCUGCACAAAUGAUUCAGGGGGUUCUGAUGCUUCUGUAGAGCAUAUCGUCGCUCCCUUACAGCUUCUCCUCGCCUUUGGUUCCUCAUUCUAUGUAUCCGAUGUUCUGUGGACAUUUCCUCCUAAAAUGGUACAAGUAGAUCCCUCCUCGCAUAGUUUUAGAAGCACCAAAUCGCCCGGUGCAGGAAAGACUGAACGUGGGCGUGGUACACGUCAGCAUUAAAGAUAUUUAUAAAAACGACAUACUUGCUAAAUGCUUGAAGAUAUUUAUGUGACCUUGCUGGUACGUCUGUCGGCAGACAGGCUAGUGGUCUUACACACCAGUCGCCGUGCCUCGUGGUGUGAAUGUAGUGCUUUUGGACUUGGGGAGGCUCCAGCGAGGUCCGCUCCUCCUCUCUGUGGACGGCACUGUCCUUCCCCAGGAUCGGCGCAUCCAUUGGGGGCCAUUUGAAAAUCCAGUCCUGUGUCUCCUGGGCCACGUUUGCACUUUUAUCCAAUGAUUACUCCCUUUACUGCAAGCUAGCACUUUCUCUCCCCCCCCCCCACUGACCACCCCCAUCACCACCAUAAGCUUCAUAAGCUACAAGAAGGAAUAUCUGAAUGAUGACAGUUUGUUUCCUGUGCCAGGUGUAAGGUGUCCAUUUGGGGACCCCCCCCAUAUUCAGUUGGUCACCCUGUGUGUUUUUGUACAGAUUUUUUUUUUUUUAAGAAUUCUUUUGUUUCAUCGCUUGGCAGCGUGGCUGAAUACUUAUGUGAUUUAGAGCCGUGAUGUGUUCCAAUGUCAUACCGCCGAAUUGCCAUUUGAUUUAAACAAAAAAAAAAAUGAAAUGAUUUUAUGCUCUUGAGGCUGUCGCGUGAAGACCUCGACCAAGGGGCGUGACUUGCGCUCAAAGUGAGAGGUCACCAGGGAGAAAGGCAACAAUGCAGUCUCACACAGCGGUGUGGUCCCUGAGGGACAGUGACAUCACCUCUGCGCGGCUGUCUUUAACUUUCACAGGUUGGCUUUCAUAUGAAGGUAAUUUUCUUCUGUGUUCCGAUUCGGACAAGAAGCCUCUGUUGGCAUGAACUGGGGGGAGGGGGUUGUUUUAAUUCUUGUAAAUAUUGUGAAAUAAUUGCCUACGGUGGAUUUUUUUUUUAUUUUUAAUUUUAUUACUGUUUAAAUUGGGAAAUGCUGGGCCAUCGCUGGAAUGUCGUGGUUGCCUGCAAUGCGCCAAUGUCCUGAUUGGCUCAGGCAGCUCCCUGUCAGUCGUGGAUUAAAUAAAAUAAAGCGGAGGAAACAGAG